CCUCAUAACGCUUCAUCAUUUCAUCCAGUUGUGCACACAUCAAAUUAGAUAUAUUAGCAUUGAAUGCUUUGUGAUGACUAAUUUUGAGAAAGAAGAGGCAGCAGCACUUUCAGAAACACAAACACAAGUAUCUCAUAAGAGACAUGCUAGUUUUGAGGGACAUGGUUGGCCAGUUACUAGUAAGAGAACAAGUCCCCUUAUGAACAUGAGUGGUCCAAUAUAUGCUACCAAUGGAACUGGAAACUUUUUGCACCAGGGUCUAGUUGUGACAGUAAACAAAGUUUGGAGUAACACAGAAAAAUCUUCCAGUUCAUCUGGCUUGGGCGAAAAUCAUUGGAACAACAACUAUGCUAGAAAGAAUGAACACUUGCUUAACUCCGGAGAACUUGGAAUGUGUGAUGAUCCUUAUUGUACUACUUGUCCUGCUAACUUCAAGGAUUCUCAUAGGAGAAAUUCAAAAGCUUCAACAGCUUUUGAUGCUAAGUUACAAGGUGCUCUCUAUGGGGAUGCCAAGUGUUACGCAAGAAGACUCUUCUCCUUCUGCUCUUCAUUCUCUCCUGGAAUUAUUAACCCUCACACUAAACUUGUACAACAAUGGAACAAGUUCCUGGCUAUUUCUUGUUUAUUUGCAAUCUUUUUGGAUCCGUUAUUUUUCUUCCUAAUCUAUGUGCAGAAGGAUUGCAAAUGUAUUGCUAUAGAUGGGAAAAUGGCAUCAACACUAGUUAUAUUUAGAAGUGUGAAUGAUUUUGUAUAUUUCUUAAACAUCCUUCUCCAGUUUAGGUUGGCUUAUGUUUCUCCAGAGUCUAGGGUGGUUGGUGCUGGAGAUUUAGUUGACCAUCCAAAGAAAAUUGCUCUACAUUACUUGCGGACCUAUUUUCUAAUUGACUUAUUUGUUGCACUUCCUCUUCCGCAGAUAAUGAUAGUGUUUGUGCUUCCAAGGAAUUUGGGGAUGUCAUCAGGAGCGAAUUAUGCUAAGAAUAUUCUUCGCGCGGCCAUUCUUGUGCAGUAUAUUCCCAGGUUAUUCAGGUUUCUUCCAUUGCUAAUCGGCCAAUCUCCAUCAGGAUUCAUAUUUGAGUCAGCAUGGACAAAUUUCAUCAUAAAUCUUCUCAUUUUUAUGCUGUCUAGCCAUGUUGUUGGCUCUUGCUGGUACCUCUUUGGUGUGCAGAGGGUUAAUCAAUGUUUGCGAGAUGCAUGUCAUAAUUCUGAUAUUGAUGAAUGCAUGAAAGUCAUUGAUUGUGGACAUGGUCGUACUUUAGACGAUCAAUCUGGCAAAACAUCUGCUGGUUGGAUCAACAAUGUUGAGGCCAUUGCUUGUUUAAAUCCCUCUUCUAAGGCUUCUAAUGGCUUUAGUUAUGGGAUCUAUGCCAAUGCUGUACCACUUACUACAGAAACUGACCUUGUCAACAAAUAUUUGUAUGCUUUGUUUUGGGGUUUCCAGCAAAUAAGUUCUCUCGGCAGUAGUCUAAUCCCAAGUUAUUUUGUGUGGGAAGUACUUUACACAAUGGCAAUCAUAGGAUUGGGACUCUUGCUUUUCGCGCUUCUCAUUGGAAAUAUACAGAACUUUCUUCAGUCUCUUGGUCGGAGAAAGCUUGAAAUGCAACUUAGAGGCCGUGAUGUUGAGCGAUGGAUGAGCCAUCGUCACUUGCCAGAAGAUCUAAAAAAGAGAGUGCGCCAGGCCGAACGAUAUAAUUGGGCUGCAACAAGGGGAGUGAAUGAAGAAAUACUUAUGGAAAAUUUGCCAGAAGAUCUUCAGAGAGACAUAAGGCGUCAUCUCUUCAAAUUUAUCAAGAAAGUCCGAAUUUUCGCCUUGAUGGAUGAGCCAAUCUUAGAUGCUAUUUGUGAGAGAAUAAGACAUAAGACAUACAUCAAAGGAAGUAGAAUUUUGAAUCAUGGUGGCAUUAUAGAGAAAAUGGUCUUUGUUGUUCGCGGGAAAUUGGAGAGCGUUGGAGUCGAUGGAAUCGUAGUUCCCUUAGCUGAAGGGGAUGCUUGUGGUGAAGAACUUUUGACAUGGUAUCUUGAACAUUCUUUGGUGAGAACAGAUGGUAAGAAAGUAAGACUUCCAGGACAGAGGUUGCUUAGCAACAGGACGGUGAAGUGCUUAACAAAUGUGGAGGUAUUUUCACUCCGAGCGGCAGAUCUUGAAGAAGUUACGAUCUAUUUCACAAGAUUCCUGAGGAGUCCACAUGUUCAAGGAGCUCUAAGGUAUGAAUCACCUUAUUGGAGAUCACUUGCAGCAACACGAAUUCAGGUUGCCUGGAGAUACAGGAAGAAACGUCUGAACCGUUCUGAUAGCCAAACAAUCUAAUUAAACAUCUAAGCCAUCAUAGGUUGCUUCAACUCUUGGAUUCACUAGCUUCUUUCCAACUACAAAUUUUUCUAAAAUAAUAACUAAUUGCUUCCACAUAACUUUUUGCUUUGCUUAUAAAUUAUAAUUUAACGCGUCCUUGGGCUUUGCUUUUUCCCACAAGAAAGGCAUCGUUAUUGAUGCACUAAUAAU